ACCUCCUUCAUCUUUGCUCUCCCCACUUUGGAACCCCCUUCUCCAUUUCUUUGUUUCUCUGCUCUCAGGAUGGAACUCCAGGAUCCAAAGAUGAAUGGAGCCCUUGCGGCAGGGGCUGUGGGCUACAGGCAGGAACUCGAGGGUUUCCUGCCCAGCCAGGGAGCUGCUCCUGGGAGGAAACCAGCCCAGUUCAUGGAUUUCGAGGGGAAGACAUCGUUUGGAAUGUCCGUGUUCAAUCUCAGCAAUGCCAUCAUGGGCAGUGGCAUCCUGGGGCUGGCUUAUGCCAUGGCUCACACAGGGAUCCUCUUCUUCUUGACUCUGCUGCUAUGCAUCGCACUCCUGUCUUCAUACUCCAUCCAUCUCCUGCUCAUCUGUGCCGGAGUCGUAGGCAUCCGAGCCUAUGAGCAGCUGGGACAGAGGGCGCUGGGGCCUGCUGGAAAGCUAGUAGUGGCCAUGGUCAUCUGUCUCCACAAUGUCGGUGCCAUGUCCAGUUAUCUGUUCAUCAUCAAGUCUGAACUCCCAUUGGUUAUUGGCACCUUCCUGGGCAAGGACCCUGAGGGGGACUGGUAUCUGACAGGAAACCUCCUCCUCAUCUUCGUCACCAUAUUCAUCAUCCUGCCUCUGGCUCUUAUGCGACACCUGGGCUACCUGGGGUAUACCAGUGGUCUUUCUCUGACAUGUAUGGUGUUUUUCCUCAUUUCGGUCAUCUAUAAGAAGUUCGAGCUUGGUUGUGCCAUAAGUCACAAUGAGACAGCAGAAAUCCAGAGCGACGACUCCCUUGUUCUUCCUCCCGAGAGGUUCAACAGAAGUUGUGAGGCCCGGAUGUUCACAGUGGACUCACAGAUGUUCUAUACAGUGCCUAUUAUGGCUUUUGCCUUUGUCUGCCACCCUGAGGUGCUGCCCAUUUACACGGAGCUCUGCCGGCCCUCCAAACACCGAAUGCAGGCUGUGGCCAAUGUGUCCAUUGGGGCCAUGUUCAUCAUGUAUGGGCUCACAGCGACCUUUGGAUAUCUCACCUUCUACAGCAGCGUGGAAGCAGAGAUGCUGCACAUGUACAGCCAGCAGGACCUGCUCAUCCUCUGUGUACGCCUGGCGGUGCUGCUCGCAGUGACUCUCACGGUGCCAGUCGUGCUGUUUCCUAUUCGUCGUGCUCUGCAGCAGCUGCUCUUCCCAAGCAAGGCAUUCAGCUGGCCCCGCCACGUGGCCAUCGCUCUUAUCAUCCUUGUCUUGGUCAAUGUCCUUGUCAUCUGCGUGCCGACCAUCCAGGAUAUCUUUGGGGUGAUUGGGUCCACCUCUGCCCCUAGCCUCAUCUUCAUCCUUCCCAGUAUCUUCUACCUCCGCAUUGUGCCCUCUGAGAUAGAGCCCCUCUACUCCUGGCCUAAGAUUCAGGCUAUGUGUUUUGGUGGCCUGGGGGUGCUCUUCAUGGCCAUCAGUCUAGGCUUCAUGUUCACCAACUGGGCCACAGGAAAGAGUCAUGUGUCUGGACACUGACCAUGCCCUGCUCCACCUGGGCCCCUCAUGUGCACACCUCUUGAGCACAUAGAGAAAAAUGAGGGUGCCCUUCUGGUUCCCACCUGCCUGGUGUAAGGGCAGUGAACGUUCAGAGAAGCCCACUUCCCUUCUCCUAGGAUGACUUCAACAGCAACCCAACCAUAUGGGGGAGGCUGGGCUGAGGGGGAAGGGAAGGAGGACCUGGCCUGGUCCUGGAGGGAGCUCGUCCUGUCCAGCCUGCUCCUACCAGCCUCCUCCCAGUGGAAGUUGUCAAGAUUAUC